AUGUUCCCAAAACACAUGUGGGUACAUUACAAGAGACAGGUUCAUACAAAGUUAGGCUGCACAGGACAUUCCUUGCGUGCCCUGUACACUCCUCAGAACGUGUACUGCGUCCACAUCGACCAGAAGUCCUCGGAGGCCUUCAGGACGGCAGUGAGGGCUAUCGUAUCCUGUCUGUCUAAUGUGUUUGUGGCCAGUAAGUUAGAGAGUGUGGUAUACGCCUCCUGGUCCAGAGUGCAGACCGAUCUGAACUGUAUGGAGGAUCUCCUGAAGUCACCUGUCCAGUGGAGGUACCUGAUCAACACCUGUGGAACAGACUUCCCCAUUAAGACCAACGCUGAGAUGGUUCAGGCCCUCAAGCUGCAGAACGGUAGGAACAGCAUGGAGUCAGAGACCACCGACGACUAUAAAAACAACAGAUGGCAGUUUCACCACAAAAUCACCAGCAACAUGGUGGUCAAGACGAACAUUAGGAAGAGCCCUCCUCCAAUCAGCACCCCCAUGUUUUCUGGCAACGCCUACUUCCUGGUGUCCAGGGCCUUUGUCCGUCACGUGAUGGAGUCUCAGGAGGUCCAGGCGCUGUUGGAGUGGGAGAAGGACACCUAUAGUCCUGAUGAACACCUGUGGGCCACCCUGCAGCGAAUGCCCUCUGUACCAGGAUCUAACCCUCCGCACAUCAAGUACCAUGAAUCAGACAUGAACGCCAUUGCUCGCAUUGUGAAGUGGCGUUCCCUGGAAGGAGAUGUGAGGAACGGAGCCCCAUAUCCACCCUGCUCGGGUGUCUACAGGAGGUCCAUUUGUGUCUACGGGGCUGGAGAUCUCAGGUGGCUCCUACAACAUCACCACCUCAUCGCUAACAAGUUUGACCCUGAGGUGGAUGAUGUGGCUAUCAGGUGUCUGGAGUCGCACCUGCGCUUCAAAGCUACAUACCGUGUUUCACGAAGGACAGUGGAAUCCGAGAGGAUCUUACAAAAACUAUGAAAUGUUAAAAGUUGUAAAUAUGUUAAUGUGCAUUUAUUUGAAAUAUGUUUUGAAAUGUUGUAUAUUUCUGGUGGUACUGUAGAGAGGGUUGUAAAUACAGUAACGUAGGUUUUAUUUUAAAUAUACACUGAGUGUACAAAACAUUAGGAACACCUUCCUAAUAUUGAGUUGCACCCGCUUUCGCCCCCAGAUCAGCCUAAAUCCUCUGGGCGUGGACGCUACAAGGUGUCGAAAGCGUUCCACAGGGAUGCUGGCCCAUGUUGACUCCAAUGCUUCCCACAGUUGUGUCAGGUUGGCUGGAUGUCCUUUGGGUGGU